AUGGCUACCGACGGCCUCGGUGUCGUUUACACGAUGGAGGACGGUGCAUCGGUGCACGGUACAAAGGACUGUGACGCAGUUAGACGGCACUUCGGCAUCCACAGGCUCGACCACCCUGCCUGCUCACCUGAUCUCAACCCAAUUGAGCACCUCUGGGCGCACCUGAAGUCCUGUCUGGCCCGUCUCCCCAUGGCCACGUCCGAGGAAGACCUCUGGCGCAAGAUCCAGCAGGUUUACGACGAGGAAACGCCUCAAGAACUGAUUGACGCACUCUGCGACUCCAUGGAAGAGCGUCUCGAGACUGUGAUCGAAUUGGAGGGCGAAUACACUGGGUAUUAG